CGGGCGCUGCGCCCCGGGCGGGCGGCGGGCGGCCUGAGCUGCCGGGACGCAGGAUGCGCUCCGAGGGCGCGGCCCCCGGGCCGGUGGCGCCACUGUGUGGGGCGCUGAGCCUGGUGUUGGGCGCGCUGCUGGGCAGAGUGAUCGAGGGCCGUGGGCUCACAGACAACAUCCAGCGAUUUUCCUCGCUGCCCCCUUAUCUGCCUGUGACCUACCAGGUGCUCAGAGCUGAGACGUCCUUCUUCCUGAAGGAAACCAACCAGGACUUGACACGCAACUCCAGCCUGCAGUCCCGGGUCGAGUCCUUCUUCCCCUACAAAGCCAGACAGCUGCCAAUCUUAAAUGCCAGCUAUGGGCCUUUCUCGGUGGAAAAGUUCGUGCCCCUGGAUUUGAUGUCGGCUUCCAACUUUUUAGGUCCCACCGACAAAGUGAGUUUCAACUGGAAGCUGAAGGCGCACAUCCUGCGGGACAAGAUCUACCUGAGCCGGCCCCGCGUGCAGGUGCUCUUCAACCUGGUGGGCCGGGACUGGGAUGACCCUGGCCCUGCGCAGAGCCUGCCCUGCCUGCGGGUGUUCGCCUUCCGGGAGACCCGGGAGGUGCGGGGCAGCUGCCGGCUUCGCGGGGCCCUGGGGCUGUGCGUGGCACAGCUGGAGCUCCCAGCCAGCUGGUUUGGCACCCCCAUCGUGGUGGCCGGGAGGAAGAAGGUGCCGGAGCCUCCUGAGGGCAGCCCUGUAGAGCUCUACUACGCCGUGCAGCCUGGGGAUGAGCGUGGAGACUGUUCUGGGGGUGACGUCCGCAAGGGCAAUGCCAUCCGCCCUGGCAAGGAUGGACUGCAGGAGAGCACGUCCCACCUGCAGAGAAUCGGCGCCGUGGGCCUCUACCGCGCUCAGGACAGCGCCCAGCUCAGCGAGCUGCGUCUAGACGGCAACGUGGCCAUCUGGCUGCCCUCCAGGCCUGUCAAGCAGGGAGAUGUGGUCACUGCCUAUGUCACCGUGGCCAGCAAUUCCACCGUGGACUUCUUCAUCUUGAGAGCCAAGGUGAAGAAGGGGGUGAACAUCCUGAGCACACGGACCAGUGAGCCUCGGCAGUGGGACGUCAAGCAGGAGAUGGGGAACGGAGGCAAACACGCCACCACCGCCGUGGUGUGCCAGCGACUGGCACCAGGCAUGCGCAACAGAAGCAGCAGUUUCUUCAGUGAGGUUGUGCAGAUGAACUUUGAGAUCGCCAGCUUCAGCAGCCUCUCGGGGAGCCAGCCCAUCACCUGGCAGGUGGAAUACCCACGGAGGGGGACCACGGACAUCGCAGUGUCAGAGAUCUUCAUCAGCCAGAAGGACCUGGUUGGCAUCGUGCCCUUGGCCAUGGACACUGAGAUCCUGAACACCGCCAUCCUCACGGGAAAGACAGUUGCCAUGCCCAUCAAGGUGGUCACCGUGGAAGAGAACAGUAUCGUGACAGAUAUCUCGGAGUCCGUGGAAUGCAAGUCCACCGAUGAGGAGGUCAUCAAAGUGUCCGACCAUUGUGACUAUGUCUUUGUCAAUGGCAAAGAGAUGAAAGGCAAGGUGGAUGUGGUGGUGAACUUCACAUACCAGCACCUAAGUGCCCCCCUGCACGUCACCGUAUGGGUGCCCCGACUGCCCCUGCAGAUCGAGGUCUCUGACACGGAGCUGAGCCAGAUUAAAGGCUGGAGGGUGCCCAUCGUGGCCAGCAAGAGGCCCACACGAGACAGCGAGGAUGAGGACGAGGAGGAGCGGCGGGGCCGGGGCUGUGCCCUCCAGUACCAGCACGCCAUGGUGCGGGUCCUCACCCAGUUUGUGUCCGAAGGGGCUGGCCCCUGGGGCCAGCCGAGCCACCUGCUCAGUCCCGACUGGCAGUUCGACAUCACCCACCUGGUUGCCGACUUCAUGAAGCUGGAGGAACCGCAUGUGGCCACUCUCCAAGACAGCAGGAUCCUGGUCGGGCGGGAGGUUGGCAUGACAACCAUCCAGGUGCUGUCCCCUCUGUCUGACUCCAUCCUGGCUGAGAAGACCGUCACUGUGUUGGAUGACAAAGUCGCGGUGUCAGACCUGGCCAUCCAGCUUGUGGCUGGGCUGUCUGUCGCCCUCCAUCCCAGCACGGAGAACAGCAGGGCUGUCACGGCUGUGGCCACAGCUGAGGAGCUACUGCGGGCCCCUAAACAGGAAGCUGUGGUCAGCACUUGGCUCCAGUUCAGCGAUGGCUCCGUGACGCCCCUGGACAUCUACGACACCAAGGACUUCACCCUGACGGCCACCUCCCUGGACGAGGCCGUUGUGUCCGUCCCCCAGCCCCGCUCGCCCAGGUGGCCCACUGUGAUGGCCGAAGGUGAAGGCCAGGGACCCCUGGUUCGCGUGGACCUGACCAUCGCAGAGGCCUGCCAAAAAUCCAAACGCAAGAGCGUCCUGGCGGUCGGCGUGGGGAGCGUCAGGGUCAAGUUCGGGCAGAACGACGCCAACUCCAGCCCAGGUGUGGACUACGAGGAGGCUGAGAUCAAGAACCACGCCAGCGACCGGCGCCAGAAGGCCCAGGAAGGACCCUUCUACGGCAGCUCCUCCGCGGAACGCGAGGAAGGGGUCCUCCGGAGGGGCAACCCCACGGCCAAGUCACUGCUGGACAACAAGGUGGGCAAGAACAGCCGGCUGGACGGGGGCCGGCUGGCGGGUGAGGGCCAGCUGCAGACCAUCCCCAUCGACUUCGCCAACUUCCCUGCGCAGGUGGACCUGCCCCAGGCGGGGGGCGGGCGCGGGGCCGGCGACCUGGUGCAGACUCCCCGCGGCCUGAGCGAUCUGGAGAUCGGCAUGUAUGCCCUCCUGGGGGUCUUCUGCCUGGCGAUCCUCGUCUUCCUCAUCAACUGCGCCACCUUCGCCCUCAAGUACAGGCACAAGCAGGUGCCCCUGGAAGGCCAGGCCUCCGUGACCCACUCGCAUGACUGGGUGUGGCUGGGCAAUGAGGCAGAGCUCCUGGAGAACGUGGGCGAUGGCUCUCCGCCGCAGGACGAGCACACGACCAUCAUAGACCGCGGGCCUGGGGGCUUCGAGGAGAGCAACCGCCUCCUGCUCAACGGAGGUUCCCAAAAGCAGGGGCAGAGCCAGAUCCCCAGGCCGGCCGACUCGGGGGUCAAACAGGGCAGGGACCAGAAACACGAGCCCCUGCACUCGCCCACCUCCAAGAGGAAAAAGGUGAAAUUCACCACCUUCACCACCAUCCCCGCCGACGACGGCUGCCCCACCGUCAACUCCAUCCUGGGUGGGACGGAGGAGGACAUCAAAUGGGUGUGCCAGGAUGUGGGCGUGGGUGCCCCCAAAGAACUCAGAGACUAUCUGGAGAAGUUCAAGGACAAAGUGUAGGCCCCUCUGGUCGAAGGACCAGCGCCUGGACGCCCUCCUUCAGCUCCACGGUAGAACUGGGACUCAACAGAGACUCUUUGGGCCCCAUUUUCGAAACUAUUCAUAGUUGGAAGUUCUGAAGCCGGGAAGGGACAGUUUUGUGAUCAGAGGUCGAUGAUGGCAGACCUUUCAAGUCGGCAGAAAAACACUCUGGGAACGGAGCUGAUGGAGACAUUUUAACUGUGCAAGGCCAAAUUAGGAAGGUUAUUUUAUGAGUCAAAAUAUAACCCAGUCAAGCUACCAAAAAGUAUUUGUUAAAAAAAAAAAAGCAAAAAAAAAAAAAAAAGACAAAUAAAAAGAGACAGAAGUAAUCAUCUGUUUAUAUUUCUAAUAAAGGAUCAAAAAUAUAAAACUAGGGCCUGCUUAGAGACAUUUUCCAUUUUAAUUCAAUUUUCUUUUUCCAAGGACAGCCUUUGACUGUCACCCUGGGCUUGG